AAUUUUAAGUUUGGGUGCCUUUUCAGGUGUUCAGAUGGGACAGUGACGGGAUAAAAUUGGAAAUUAAAAAAUUGUGUAAUUACUGCUUACGAUGGGUUCUUCCUCCAGCACUCCAAGAACCAUCACGGUAGACAACGAUUCAUCGGUUGGUGUAAUCGACAUCUCGGAUGAUGUGGUAAAACGCCUUAAAACGGGAAUGCCUCCGAAGGAAGGUACUCGGCAGCAAUCACAAAGUGAUCCCCAAUUUGUAGAUGGCAACGUUCCAAGCUCCUAUCCAAACCCUUUGCCACAUCCUUCAGCCGGCUAUGGCGAACCUUCACUGACAUCCCUACAGAUACGCCGGGAGAAGGAACAAGAAUUGAGGGCAAACGAUAUUUACUGGGCGAAACGACUACAAAAUCUCGAGGCCAAUCUACAAAAAACUAACCAAAUAUUAGAAAAAGAGUAUAAUGAUGCGAUAAUAGACGUGAAAAAACGUUUCGAAAGUACUGCGGUUAGUCACCAAUUGCCACCGUGCCAGGACCAUAAGGCUAAAGUUAUUGAGUGCUACCAAAAAAAUCCGUAUGAGACCCUGAACUGUUCGGCAAGCGUAAAAGCUUUUACCGAUUGUGUAAACCUUAAUCGUAUCCAGCUUUUGCAUGAGAAGGCGUCCGAUUUAAACAAAACGGAUAAAUAAUGGAAAGGUUUCAAAACAGGAAUAAAAGAAUGCUAGGACGGUAA